AUGGCGGUAUCGCCUAUGUACUCAAAAGCGGCUAGAAAUUCGGAAUGUCUAAUCGGUGAAUUUACCCGACGGUCACCAAGCCCGCAGUGGUGACUGGUAGAAGAAAUUCGGAUAGGUUAUUAAAAGUACCCGUGUUUUAUCAUAUUGUAUUAAUUCGUUACACACGAGAAAUAAAAUAAACAAAAUAAAUAUUAUCAUUCCAGCUUAAAAUUCGAAUAUUGUAAUUAAUGCAGGGGUAACAUUCCGUGUGUUCCUAAUUUCAGCAGAUUGGUCAGCCGCCAGAUUUAACUGUUCCUAAACUCAGCUGCUGACCAAUACGUUGGAGGUAAAGUGAUCAAUCGAAUUGCCGAUAAAUUGAGUCCCAAACGGUAUUAUCGUAUUUCGAAAUCGGUUAGCUGAGUUCCUCGUAUGAAAAUGAAAGCCGUAAAUUGAGUCCUAUUUGAAUUAUGAUCAAAUACUGUUAUUUGUAUUAUUAUUACAUUUAUCAGUUAAUCACACAGAAUACACUAUGAUUAACGGAAUGCAUUUUUAUAGACUGACAUAAUAAUAUAAUAAAUAAUAUUUCGACAUUUCCUCAAAUUGAUAAUAAUAGUCACAGUUAGUAGCAGCAUUGAUUAAGUAUGCCUAAUUAAUGGUUGUUUCAAUUAUUAAUCUAUAAGGUAAGAUAACUGUAUCGUUCAUUCCAAGUAGGCAGGUACUAAUUAGAACCGUUUAAUUUAUUAAUGAUAUAAACAUUUUUUUUUUUUUUCUCUACUGUCUAGUAUAAACUUAAAUCAUAUACUAUGGAUACGGAGCUGUUGACUAAAUAUUUGAAGUAAACAAAACUAAGGGGAGCUGGACAAAUGCGCAUGCGCAAAAUUUGUAUUACGCGCAAUUGAUCGAAUUCAUGUAAUUACGCGUGACGUACUCCAUACAUCACUGCAUGGUGGUAUUAUACGAUAAAUAUACGACGAGUACUGAUCAAACAGACAUCAGUCCCCUUAGCACUCGUUAAUAGCACUCGUCUUCAACUAGAAGUACGCGUUUAUCGUGCAGUAACUCCAACCAUAGUAUAUGAUCUAAGGGUAUAAAUUACGAUUUAAGACUAUCUAAAUUAAGGCGACCAUUUUCACGGUCGUCAACUGAUAACAAAUUAAAGCCAUUUGUUUACAUUUUUGUAUAAUACAUGUACCGUGUAUAGGUCAAGGAUUAAGAUACACUGGACUGUCAUCGACAUGGUCGGGAGGUAGUAGAGGAACGAUUCCCAAAGGUUUCGACACCGCCACUCCAUGCAUCACCAAGAAGUACAAGUAGGGGUAAAAGCGAUCCUAGUAAUAUGUAACGUAACUAAUUUGUAUAUUAAGAUGUUUUCUGAUUAUAAUGAUUAAUUAUUUGUACCAUUGUGUUUUUUAUAACACGUGUAUAGAUAGCGCUUUUACCUCUACUUACACCUAACGGCGGCUUUCAUAACAUUUGAGGGCCACUGAUAAGGUCAUAGAUACCAGUCUAGUAUCAGUGGAGUUUAAUAGGAUCUUUAACCAUGGUCCGUGGUGAAAAUGGUAUACUGAUACCAUAAUAUUAAUAUACCUAAUAUUCAUAUGAAUUAUUGACAUAUUCUUCGUUACUUAUUCAACUUAUUAAGACGUUAAACUAUUUAAAAUAUGUCAAUAAAUAAUACCACGUAGCAAAAAUGUUUUUACAACGGAAAAGACUACGUUGGUCGAAUUGGCUGCUAAACCAACUGUUGUCUAAUAACUCUAGGUAGUUCUUGCGUUCUUGAAAAAUUGUCUGUUUCCUAUUUGCAAUAUUUAAUUCGGACAUUUCAUUUUCGUAGUCUGAACAAUUUUUUAGAUUCUGAGUGAAACAAGGAAUAUUAUUGGUUUUACAAUGAUGUUAGAAUUAUGAAAAGAGCAAUAUAUAACUGCGAUUUAAUUGAAAGUGAUUCUUCAGACUACGAAAAUGAAAUGUCCGAAUUAAAUAUUGCAAAUAGGAAACAGAAAAUUUUUUAAGAACGCAAGAACUACCUCGAAUUAUUAGACAACAGUUGGUUGGUUUAGAAGCCAACUCAACCAACGCAGUCUCUUUCGUUGUAAAAACAUUUUUGCUACGUGGUAUUAUUUGUUGACAUAUUUUAAAUAGUUUAACGUUGAAUGUAUUUUAAAAUUUUAAGACGUUAAAUAAGUAACGAAGAAUAUGUCAACAAUCAAUAUGAAUAUUAGGUAUAUUGGUAUUGAGGUAUCAGUAUACAACUCAUCCACUGAUACUGGAUUGGUCUCGAUGACCUUAUCAGUGGCCCUCAAAUGUUUUGAAAGCCGCCGUUAAGUACAUGUAAAAGUAAAAGCGCUAUCUAUACAUAUGUUAUAAAAACACAAUGAUAAAAAUAAUUAAUCAUUAUAAUUAGAAGAUAACUAAAUAUACAAAUUAGUUACGUUAUUUGUUACUAGGAGCGCUUUUACUCCAACUUGUACUUCUUAGUGAUGCGGGGAGUGGCAGUGUCGAAACAUUUGAGUAUCGUUCCUCUACUACCCCUCCGACCAUGUCCACUCAAUCCAGUGUAUCUUAAUUCGUACUUCCGUGCCUUGUGGUAUCCAGCCAAUACUGUCUUGUAGAGUCCGUGCGUAAACUUAUUUCUUUAUCAUUAUACCAUAUUUUCAUAUAGAUGGUUUUUUCUCCAUAGGUAAUAGGUAAAUACAACUUAUAUCAGUUUCAAGUGGUCAUGUACAAUUUUUAUUUUAUGUUCAAUACUAUUGUAAAAUGGUAAAAAAAGUUAAUUGUAUUUUAAUUAUCAAUUUUAAGUAAAUUUCUUAAAUAUUCUUUAUUUUUCUAUUUAUUUUUCUAUUUGACAUUACAAGUUUAACUAAAUGCGGUGUUGCAUACAUUUAAAUAUAAUGUUAUAAUGAAAAACUGUUCCUGUACAUUAUUUCGGAGAUAAAUAGAAACUAUACAGUUUUUUGUGAAGUAAGUUUAACAAUUAUUACUCAUUUUCAUUUAAAAUAAAUGUGAAAAUUAAUGAAGUUUUAAUAUUUAGCCAUAAAUUAUCUAUAUUAUAUUUCCUAAAAUCGGUGGUAUAAAUGAAAUAUUUAUGAAAUAUAUAUUAUAACUGUACAAUAUCGUAAUUUGUCUUAAUUUUAAUAUAUAGGUACUAUAAGUUAACUAUUUUUGAAUUUGAAUAAUUUCAAAUUUGUGAAUUAAUUAAUUUAUUCGAUCUAUGUAGUAAUAUAUUGAUCGUGAUGACGCCAGUUCUUCACCUGUUUGAUAGCCGAAAUAGUAGAUUUUUAGUCAGCAUAUAUUAUAUACCAGGUAAUUGAAUUAAAAUCAAUCACCCGGUAUUAGCCGUUGCUAAGGGUGCACCAUCUAGAAGGUAAACACAUCAUACACCCAUUUUUGAAUUGGUCAAUUGUUAUCAUAUAUUAUUGUAGGUAUUCCACAGUAUUUUUAAAACAAUGUAUAUUGAUCUAUUUAUUUAUUUUUUGCAUGUCAAUCUACCAAGCUACGUUAAUGGCCAUACAAUCUCAAGUACCUAUAUUAAACAAUGUUGGCACUGUACCAGUAUACUUAGGCAACAUUGAAUUAAUCUCAUUUAACAGUUGCAUUAUCCAUACAUUUUUUUUGCCACCAUCACAUCAUAGUAUGGCUUCAGUAUCCCUAAAAAGUGUAUUAUUCUGUGGUUGAUUUACAGCUAAAUUUGGAUUGAAUGCAGUUGGGCUCUCAAAUGAUUUUUUGAAAUUUUUUUCCAAAAUAUGUGUUUUUGCAUGCUUAAUUUACAUUAUUAAAAUAUUUUUUUUAGAAAAAAAAAUUGUUUGAUGAAAUCUGAACCAACAAAAUUUUUUGGUUUGGAGAAAUAGUGAAAAAAUGUAUUUUCUUAUGGAUACAUAAACAUCACAUUUUAUCUUUAGAAAAAUAUAGUUCAUCUAAUACUAAUUUUUUUUUUUCUUCCUGAAGCCAAAAUAAUAAAGUAAAACCUAAUUGGGGAGUGAAGAAGACCUGAGGGGCAUGGUGAAAUUAAUACAACAAUUAUAACAUCAAAUUAUUGUAAUAAAUAACAAAAUAUUUAAUUAAGUUUUAAAAUUUACUUUUUUUUUUUAUGUGAAUUCUUGGAAUAAUCUAGACAUUUCCAUACAUAUUUGUAAAUGCAAUCAACUUUCAAACAUUUGAGAGGAUGCCAUGAACGUAUUUUAAUGUGUUAUAUUUGACAAUUAGCAACCAAAACUGCAAUUUUUCAAUUACUGCCAAAGAAACAGCCUCUUGGAGUUUUCACUCAAACAGUUCAUAAAUAUCAACAAAAUAUAAGUUAGUUCUGAUUUCACUAAAAACUUUUUUAUGUAAUUAGACAUCAAAUGAAAAAAAAAUUUUGAGUUACUUUAAUAUGCAAGCGAUUGAAAUAACAUUAUAAUUAAGUUUUACAUGGUUUAUUAAUAAUAACAAAAUAAAUAAAUACGAUAAGUGAAUUCUGAUUUCCCCAAAAUGUUAAGCAUAUGACCACCAUUUCUCAAUAAUAAUUCCAAAAUAUCAAUUUUUGGUAUUUUAAACUCAAAAACAUGACUUUUACAAAAAUCGAUUAUUUUGAAGUUUUUCGACCAUAACUUCCAAAUGAAGUUUGAGUGACUUAUUUUAAAAAUUACCAUCAAAUUAAGUAUGCAAAAACACAUUUUGGAAAAAAAAAAUUGCUUGAGAGCUAAACUGCAUUUAUGCCCUAAAUUUAUUCUGUAAUAGAUCAUUGACCUUUUUGUGUUGUUUGACAAGUAUUUUAUUGGUAUAAUUACCUCAUGAUAUAUAGGUAUAAUACAGAGCAUUGCGAAAUCGAUUCCUCUACAUAAAAAACUAAAAUAUUUAUAAAUUGUUUCCUAAUCAAAUUAUAUUGAUACUGUAUUACUGAACAAUUUUUUUCCUAUAACAAUUUCAUUAGAUUUGAUCUAAGCUUUAAUUUAAUUUAUGUCAGUUAUAUUUGUUGUGUAUUACAACUUAUAAGUUAUGUGCGUUAAUAUGGAAGUGAUUAUUGUUAAAACGUGGAGUGAAUAAAAUAAAAAAAAUGUCUUAGUCGAUACUUAAUGGUUGGAAGAAUAGAUUACAAAAAAAAAAAAUUCACCGAGAGCAUUGGACAGUGAAUUUGUACAAAGUUAAGUUUUUGGAUAAGUUCUAAAUUAUUUUGAAUAGUAUGUUUGAUAAUCUUAAAUAUAUGUAAAACGGGAAGGAAAUUGUUGUUUGGUAAUUAUGGAUUGUACAUAAACAGUUAAUAAAGUUAAUUUUACAUAGUUUUAUUAUUUAUAGAAAAGUAAAUUAAUAAUCUUAUUUGGUAGUUGUUAUAAAUAUCCUAGUCACAUUUGAUAAUAACAUUAAUCAUAGAUAAACCCUGUAAAUUAAAUUACCAACUUCCAUUAUUUACUGUAAGUUUUGGUAUUUUCAUACAAAUCUUGUAACUAAUAAUGACAAUAACCUUAAAAUUUGGUUCCUAUUGACAUUUAAUAAUGAUGAUGAAAAAUAAAUAUGUUUUUUCUUAACGGUACUUUUUGGUUAUCGCUACUACCAACAAUAGUUAAAAUGUAAUAUAAUAUUGAUAUAAGCAUAAAAAUAAAAUAAUAUUUUAAGAAAGCAGAAGAAUGUUUAAUGAGAAGAAGAAGUGAUUUGGCAUUUUUGGAAAUUAAAAAGCUUUUUUGUUAAAGGUUAAUAUGAUGCAGGAACUUUAAUAUGCAAAAACGAUAAAGUACAAAUAGAAUCUGAUUGAAAUGCUAAAAAAUGGAAAGAAUACCUGGAAGAGUUAUAUGAGAACAACUUAAACAUAGUAUUUGAAACUGAAGAUAAUAUAGAGGAGGAGGAUAAAGGAGAUUAUGUCUUGCGUGCAGAAUUUGAUCAGGCAUUGGGACUUCUUAUAAACAACAAAGUCCAUGGUAUUGAUAAAAUCCCAGCAGAGUUACUAAAAUACACAGAUAAAGAUAUUAGAAAUGAAUUGUACAAAAUAUGUAAUGAAGUAUAUCUGAAGGGAAAAACUAUUAGUGAUUUCGAGAAAGGUAUUGUGGUACUGAUUCUAAAAAAGAUUGAAACACAAAAAUGUGAAUAGUACAGAGUACAGAACACUAAACCUCACCACACAUGCCUCCAAAAUCAUCACCAAAUGAAUUAAAAACGGGAUUGAUAGAACGAUAGAGCUAAAUCUAGGUAAUGAUCAAUUUAGAUUUAGGAAAAAUAUAGGAACUAGGGAAGCAAUCUUAACUUCAAGAGUACUAAUAGAAAAACAAAUCGGAAGAAGCAAAGAUACAUUUGUUGCCUUUGUCGAUUUGGCUUUUGUUAAUGUAAAGUGGUGUAAAUUAUUCGAUAUCCUAAGAACAAUUGGAAUUAAGUACUAAGACUGAAGAUGCAUCCAUAAUUUAUUUAAAAACCAAACUUUACUAGUUCGCAUAGAGGGAAAAGAAGAAGAAGCAAAAAUUAAAAAGUAUUUAAGGCACGGCUGCAAAUUAUUGCCUAUGUUGUUUAAUCUAUAUAUUGAGGAAGUAAUGAAAGAAUUAAGAAUAAAAAUAUGGAGUAAAAUCAUUAAUACACUCAGGUUUGCUGACGACAUUGCUUUUUAUGCAGAAACGGAAGAUAAACAAUAAAACAUCUUAUCUAAUGUAAAUAAAAUAUUAUGGGAUGAAUAUGGAAUGAGAUUAAAUAAAAAAAGAUAAAGGUUAUGGUGUGCAGCAAGACAAAUCUUAUUCAGCUUAAAAUAAAAAUAGAUAACACACACAUAGAACAAGUGCAUCACUUUAAUUACUUGGUAAGUAAAAUGACAAUAGAUGGACGAAGCAAAGGUUACAUUCUAAAUAGAAUAACAUAAGCAAAAAAAGCUUUUCAGAAUAAAAAACACCUAUUAACCACUAAUAGUGUGACUUAAAAGAAAGGAAAAAGUUCCUCAAAAUAUAUGUUUGGAGCCUUAUAUGGCUAUGAAACUUGGACAUUCAGUACAGUAGAGAAAAAGAAACUAAAAGCCUUUGAAAUGUCGUGUUAUCGUAAAAUGCUAAAGAUAAAAUGGAUUAAAAGAAUAAAGCAGUAUUAGGUAGAAUAAAAGACAAGAGAGAACUUUGGCAUAUUAUAAAAGUUAAAAGAGACAAGAUAAUAGGACAUCUACAACACCAUGAUAGCCUAAAAAAAAGUGUCAUAGAAGGUGACAUUGAAGAUCAUAUUGGAAAAGGAAGACCAAGGAUGGAGUAUAUGAACCAAAUUAUGAUAGACAUGGGGAAGAAUAACUACAAGGAAUUGAAGUAACUGAGUAAUGACAGGGAUGGUUGAAGAUCUGCAACAAACCAAUCAAACUAUUGAAGACGUAAAGAAGAAAAUACAAUUUAAUACAAUAUAAUAUUAAUUUAAAUAUGUGUUAAAAUUAAAAAAAAGAAAUGAAAAAAUUGUUAAAAUUAACGAAAGUCUUUUUACGAAGCUUAAAUUUCCCGCCUCGUGUAAAUUAUUAAUUUUAUCAAUUGUAUUAUAUUUUAAUUAACGGUAAUUUCAAUAACCAAAUAACCAUACCAGAAAAUCGUCCACAGUCACGAUAACAAAAAAGUACCUUCUUAACUUUGCAUUUGUGUUUGUCUAUAUGUAGAAUAUUAUGAACAAAUUGUAAAUAUAUAGUCCGAGUAUCUACAAAUAACUAUUGAUAUUUUUCUGUUUAUUGUAAUUAUAUAAAUAUACUAAGUGUCGCUAAAAUAGUAUUUAUAUUAUUAAUUGGGUUUACUAAAAUUGUCGAACAUCUAGACAUUUUUGAGUCUUCAUCUUGGAACAGAUUUUUAAUGACUUGUAAUUUGUGUAUACGUCUAUAAAGUUCAACAAUAUCAAAAAUAUUAUAGAAUAUUAAUUUAUUUUAUAUUAAUGAUACAUUUUUUAUUUAUUAAGUAUAUUUUGUCAAAACAUUUGGAGAACACCAGUGGAUAAUUGGGUGUUAAAAAAAUUUUGAAGAUUAACUUAAGGUAAGUAUUUAGUUAACUUGUGAUAAUAUAUUUGAUAUACAAUAUAGGAACUUAGUAAAAUAUGUAAAAAAAAAUGUAUUUUUAUUAUUUAUUUAUGUGAAAGAUUUUUGCAUUAUGUAUAUUUAAAUUAAAUUUUUAACUUUUUGAUUUUGAUUUGUGAAUACUAUAUAGGAAUCUCAUAUUUAUAGGACUCUGUGAAAUAUAUAAUAAGUUUGUCCAAUAUAGUGUGAGGUAAUCAUAUUAAAUUUUGUAUUUUUACAUAAUUGCAAACAAUCUUUGUAUAAUAGUAUAAUGUAUGGUUGUUACCACAGCUAAAUAAUAUAAUAUCUAUGUUGUCAACUCUGUCUGCAUUACAGUUUGAUUAUAAAUAUUUUUUGCGGAGAAGUAAAUUAUUAUUAUUGUAUUAUUUGGCAUAUAAAUUGUGCUUAAAGCCCUAAUAAAUACUAAUGUAAUGUGAAGUAAUUAGUGGUAUUUGUUUCUUUUGUAUAUUCAUCAAUUUUUUUUAGAAAAAUAUAUAAACGUAUACUAUUUUUUCAUGCUCAAAUUAGUAUUCAAUUUAAUCAACUAUUUACCUACAAAUGAUAUUAACAUUGUAGGUUUUAUUUUACUAUAUUUCAUAUAUCCUACUAAUAUUAUAAAUACAGAAGUUUUUUUGAAUGGGUGUAUUCCUUCACAUCUAAACUAUUGAACGGUUUGAGCUGAAACUUUGCAUAGGUGCAGUUCUAGAUCAGGAAUAAUAUGUAUACAUAUUUUCCUUAAAUUUAACUCUUAAAGGAUUUUUGAUAUUUUUAGUAUAAAAAUCAAAUUAUUUUUAUGCGACCUUGGUAAUACAAAUGAAAUUUAAAAAAAAAGUUAAAACACACCAAAUAAAAAAAUGAAUAUUAUUUCUUUUAAUAUAGGCAAUGCCGAGUGGGACAGCUAUUAUAUUAGGCAAAAUUUAAAUUUCAAUAUAAUUGGUUAGAUGAUUAUUCAUACCUGGUUUAUUCCAAAAAGAUAAUAGUGUUUACUGUUGACACUACAUAGUUUUUGGUAUGAGUGUGAGUAAUCUUAAUCAAAUUUAACUCUAAUUACUUUCUUAUGUUAUUAAACAAAAUAAGUGGGGGGAGUUAUCAACAAAUUGAAUGUUUAAAAAUAAAGACCCCUAUAAUAUAAUUAAUUGUAUUUUUAUAAAACAAAUUUGGUACCAUUAUUUUAAUUACAUCCUUUUUUUAUAUUCAAUAUAUAUAAGUUGAUAGCAGUAAAAUCUCAAUCUAUAAGUUAGACCAUGAUAUUAGUAAAUAGUAUAAGUGGCACUUUUCAUGGCAUAAGAGAUCUUAAAUCAUGAUAAACAUGUAAGUUGUAUUAUAUAUUUUAUUUAAAUACAGUAUUGUUUAAAGUUGUCAUUUUAUAAAUUGUCUAAAUCUACUACAUACAAUAUAAUAUACUGUAUGGUACUUAAUAAUUUCCUAUUUUAUAAGAUGUUUGGUAUUUCAAUCGAUAAAUGUUCAUGGACAAUAAGUUGAUCAAUACAAUAAAUUGUUUAAAAAAAAUUGUCUAAAUAUGUGAAAAAAAACCAGAAUUGUUGGGAAAUAUGUACAUUUUUUUAUAUUUAUUCAUUCUGUGAAUAUAUAGUAAAAAUUUUAGUAUAACGAUGCAACAAUUCUUAGCAAUAUCUGUUAGGUUUUCUAUCUCAUAUGCGGUAGUCAGAUCCAGAUUUUGGCUUAGGGCUCUAAACUUUGAACAAAAUAAAUAAUAAAAAAUUAAUUACAAGGGAAGGGCAGAAUACUAAAUGCCUAAGUUAGAACUUUGUAAAAUCCACUUCUUUUUUUUCGACAAUACCUUUUUUACUCAGUUAAUCUGCUAAAUACUGCACUGACAAUAGUUUUUUUUAUGUUUGUGUACAUGAUACAAAUUACAAAAAAAUCCAGAAAAACACAUUGUAAAUUUUGAUGUCCUCACCUUUCACCUAAAUUAAUCUCUGGAAAUUACCCAAUUUUUUUUUUUUGGUUGAAUUCUUGAAAUAUUAAUGAAAUUAUUUGUUGUAUUUGUCAUUUGUUAUUAGUUUAUUCAAGUUAGCAGUUUCAUUAUUGCGAUUUUUGUGAUUUAAUUUUUUAUAUAACAAAUUUGUUAUUAAAAGAACUUAGCUAGUGAAUUCCACUGUAUUCAAAAUAAAAUAUCUGCUCAAUUAAUUUAAAAUAAUAUGAAACAAAUUGUUCAUUUUCCUAAAUUUGUUUUUCAAAUCUAAGUAAAAAAUUGGUAUUUACAAAAAAUAACCAACAAAACUUUCAGUUAUUACUUUGAUAUUUUCAAUUAUUAUAGUUGAACUUGGUUUAAUUUAUGGUAUAAGUCAUAAGACAUAAUAUUAUGCAAUAUGUAUUAUGUAUUAUCAAUUAUUUGUAUUUAUAUUAUUGCAAACUAUAAUAUAUUUUGGAUAAAUUUAAUUUACCGUCUUCAGAGUACUUUACUUCUGAGGUUUUCUGCAUAAAAAAAAUAAACAAACAUAUUUUUUAACAGAGCUAUUGAUGCUCUAAACAUUUUCAGUAAUAAACCAAAUUAUUAAAAGUUUCAACUAUUUUACAGAAUACCUUUAGAAAUAAUUCUAAAAUUAAUAGUUCUUUUAUUAUUAUAUUAAGUUUAAAAUCUUUUAUUUUAUACAAUGUUAUACAUUUAUUGUACCUUAGAUUAUUUAUUACUAUUUAAUAUGCAUUUCCAUUAUUUCAUUAAUACAAAAAAAAAACUAACUUUUUAAUAUAAAAUUACACCUAAUUAUAUUUUUAAAAUACCAAAUAUGAUGUACAUACCAUUAUGGAUGCUAAAUAAGGUAAGUAAAUACAAAAAACUGAAUAUCAAUGUGUUUUGUUCAUAUAUUCAAAUUAGGUCUAAUAUAAUUACUAUAACCCAAAUUUAUUAUAAUAUGUCUGUAUUUAAACCAAAGUAAUACUUUUUUAAUGAUUUAAUUUGAAUUAUAUGUUUCGGAGUAUAUCUAUUUAAAUGUUAAAAUAGUGAAAAUAUAAAAUAAAUUAGUAUUUAUAAUUUGUAUUUUCAAAAACAAUUAGUUAAAUAUGUUAUUAAGAAUUUAUUUAACCAGCCUUAAUAAAAUAUUAUACAUAGGUUGUAAUAGUUAUAAUUCCUAUAUUAUAAAACAAAUAUUAUACCUAUAACAUGAUUAAAAUUAAAAUUAAAUUUGUGCAGUUAUAUUUGUGUUACCUAUAAAUGUAUAAUAUUUUAUUUUAGUUGUUUAAAUAUUUGUAUCUAUUAAUAUGGUACAGCAGAAAAUUAUUUUUAUAAAUAUAAAUAGUUCAAUAUUGUUAUUUUUCAGCUAUUCUAAAAUCAACCACGAAUCCAUACGUUGAAAUGGCUAGAAGAACAUGUGUUUUAUAAGAUUUGAGUGCAGUGGUUAAUUUUUUUAAACAAUUUUUGUUUUAUUUUGUUGUUUUUUUUUUUUUUAAAUUGAGUGAUUAUUUAACAACUUUACUAUUUCAAUGAAUCAUCAAGAUUUUAAUGAUUUUGACAUUGAAUCAAGUUUUCAAGAAGAUGAUAAUGUCAUUAUCAAAAAACCAUUCAUUCCUGUUAAACCUCCAAAAGCAGUAUCUCCUACACUGCGUUUGACCUAUAAGGUAAUAAUAUUUAUUUGUUUAUAAUUAUUUCAAUCUGUAAAUGAUAAUAUCAUACAAAUACAUUUAUUUAAUGUAAUUUUAGAAUAAUAUGUAUAUUUUGUUUAUAAUUAUUUUAUGACUAUUAUUAUUUUAAAUGUUAUUUUUGUCAUUUAAAGAACUUAAAUUUCAUAUUAAUAAUCAAAAUAUUUCCUUACAUAUUUCCAAUUAAAAAUCCUUGUUUAUUAUAUAUUUUUCAACAAAAUUCCAUUUAUUUUAUUUCAAAAAUUAUUUUUAGUUUUGAAUUUACUUAAAACUACAAAAUAAUUUUUAAAAUCAUUAAUAAUUUGAUUUAUAAAUGGUUAAUAAAUGUAAAUUGUAUUGUAUGUUUGUUUGGUUAUUGUACUCUUAAGUAAUUUAAGAUAUUCAUCUAAAACUAUGUAAACUUAUAUUAAAUAUAAACAUUUUUAAGAUAACAUUAAUUUCUCAUAUAUGAUCUAAUAAAUAAUUUAAUAACAUAUAAAUUAUUAUUAUGCAUAAUUUAGUGCAUAUAACAAUGGAAUUAAUAAAAAUAGUUUUCCAAAUAAUGAUUAAAAUACCUACUUACAUAUUUAGGAGAGGAAAUAUGCUUCACUGUAACAUUUUAAAGUUGUUUUUACAUCCAUCAAUGGACAAAAAAAACUUAAAAGUGUAAUUUAAAUAUAAUAAUACACCUGAUACAGUUUUCAAUCGCUGCAUUUUCUCCUCAACUGUACACAUUGUACCGACUACCCAAAUCUGUGAUGUUAGACCGUAGAGCAAUCACCAAGAAAUGAGACACGGGUACGAUUCUUACUUAUGCUGCCUGAUUUUUAGUACUAUUUUCCAGACAAGAACAGUCACGUCACACCAUUCAAAAUGUUUAAUUUAAUUUUGAAAUACUUGAUUUUAUUGUACUUAGUUAGUGUAUACAAAUAGAAUAUAGUUAAUAUUAUUGUAAACAAUGAAAAAUUAAUGUUUUUAAUAAAAUAGAUUCAGAAUAAUAUUCAAUAUUGGCGAAAUUGUAAGAAAAAUACAUUUUGUGUUUUGUUUUAUCUACAGGGUGAUUCACUAAGCGAGCUUAUCCCAUGUUUUUGUUUAGGUUAAAUUUUGUGUGUAUUCAUAUAAUAACUUGGAAUUUUUAAGUUCAGUUAAAGCCGAUAUUUGAAAACUAAAAUUAAAAAAAAAAACCUUUUAAUAUAGGUUCUCAUUUAAAAAACCAAAGUUGAGUAUCACAAGAUACUCCUCAAAUGUUGUAAAAAAUCUAAAUACUCAAAAAUAUCAGCUUUAACUACACUUAAAUAUUCCAAAAAUCAAAAUUUGAAUAUAUGAAAAUAUAGCCAAAAAAUAAUGGGGUGAGCACACUUAUUGAAUCACUCUGUAUAUAUUAUAUAUAUAUAUAUUUGUAUAUUGAUUUCUAUAAAAGACUUUAAAUAUGACUAACCUUUUGUUUAUGUAUUUUUUUAUGUUGAAUAAUUAAAAUAAUUUAUUUUCAUGCAAUUUACUCAUUUAUACUAAUAGGAAAGUUCUAUUUAAAAUUAGGUAUUUGAGAAGUGGUACUGCAUUAUUAAGGAUAUAUUUAGUAUUAAUAAAACGAAUAUACUAUAGUUGAAUAAUUAUAUUAAAAAGUUAACUUUUUAAAUAUUUGAUGUAAAGAAAUUGUAUUCUUAUAAAAAUGUUUGUACAAUACAUAAUAAAUAUCUUAGGAGCACAAUUUUAAGAUAAUAAUACAUCCUUGGAACUAAAUAAAAAAAACUAGUUCCUUAUUGAACAAUGAAAUUAUUUAAUGUUUUUCUACAAACUACCUCAUUGUCAAGAAGAAUAAAAAUGGGUUAUAUUUUAUUAUAUGUUCAUAAAACUAGUCUGCCAUAUUAUUAUUAUAAAUUAUAUACAUAAUAUUGUUGCUAUAAAAAUGUGAUUGUAAAAAUAUUCUUUGUGUAAACAUUAUUUUCUUUUUCUUUUUAAAAUGGAUUAUUUUUUAUUAAUUUAAUUUUAAUUUUUCGAAUUAUUAAUUUGAAUGGCAAAAUACAUUUCUUUCAUACUUAAUAGUAUGUUUUUAAUGUUUCGUUAAUUAAAAUCUUUAUGAUUUUGUACCUUAUAGGCAUCUACUAGGUUGUCUCGAGAAGAACAAUUGUUAUCUACAAUUGUUCAUUUAGAUAAUGGUACAACUGGUUAUUUAAUUACUUUAAAUAAAAAUACGGGAACAUGGUCAUGUCAUGCUUGUUAUCCUUUCAAAGCCCCAUCUUUGUCAUUGCUGGAACAACAUUUAACCAGCAAAAAUCAUUUAUUAGAAAUGGGAAAAUCAUGUUUUCCAGCCCAACAUUUUAUCAAAGCAAAUUUAGAAAGUAAGUUAAAUAUAUUAUAUUAAAUUAUUUUAUAUAGUUGAAUUAAAUAGUUAUAUUGUUUUUUAGCCGGGCUAAGUGUUGGUUUACCAUCAAUGAUAUCAGGUGAACCAAUUCCACCAGGAAUGGAAGAUGAAGUGGCAAAUGUUUUAGCACGUAUUCAAGCUACACUGGAUUCAAUUUUUAUUCCAUUAGUUGGCAUUGAAUUUAUUAUUGAACUGUUACCAUCUGAUCCAACAGAAGAACCUAGGUACUUGUGUGCAUUAUGUGAUAAACGAGGUGAUCCGCGUACUUUUCCUAACCAUUUACGCAGUUUUAAUCAUCACAUGGCCUACCUAGUAAGUAUUUAAUUUAUAAAUAAUUGUUUUAUUUUUUAAUAUUAUUAUUAAUUAUGAGUAAGGCUAAGGACUUCAUGCCCUAAAAACUUUUAAAAAUGCAUACAUUAAUGCUCUAAAAAUUAUUAAAUAUGCUUUUAAAAAUAUUUUAGUUUACCAUUAAAAAACCUAAAAAUUUAAAUGAAUGUGAUAUAUUUAAUUUUCUUUUUGAAUUCUUCUUUAUUAAGAAAAAAAGAAAAACUUUUAUAAAAUGCAUGUUGUAUUUAUAAUUUAUAAGUUUUAAACUCUUACCUAAAUUAAAAAUGUCAUUGUGUGACAUUUUUCUAAUAUUUUCAAACUAACAUCAACUGACAGUAUUCCAUAUUGAUUGAUUAUUAUAUAUGUGUAUUAAUAAAUAUAAAUGAUUGGGGAAACCACUUGCUAGAUAAAUAUUCUUCAAUUUCAAGAUAGUCAUAUUAAAUAUUAUAUAAUAUUUCAAUCAUGAUUAUAUUUGAAAAAUAGAAAAAUAAAACAAAGUGUGCAAAAUGAACAAAAUAUGCCUUAAACUUCUAGUACUAUUACUACUAAUUUCUAAAUUAUUCAGCUUUAUAUUAUUGAAAAAUAUGCAAAUUCUUUUAAGUCCCUAGCUCUAAUUGUAAGUUAUGGUACACAUAAUAUUACUUUAAUAUCCUUUAUUUAUAAAAUAUUUACAUUAUUAUUGUUUGAGUUUAAUUUAAAAUUAAUUGUUUUAAAUAUUUUAUUGUAUAUUAGAGAAGAUAUUUUAGAUCAUUAGCAUGUGAAUUGGAUAAGUUAAAUAAAGUGUCCGCAAAAGGUUUUCAAGAAUUAGUUUUUCAUAUUAUUGGAAAAAUAGAAGAAGAAUAUGGCCGAAUGAAACCAAUAGUUGUUGAUGCAAGUCUGUUUGAUAUGCCUACUGAAAAAAUAAAAAUUCUAAGACAAGUAAAUAAUGGAAAACAUAUAAUGUAAGUAAAUAUUAUAUUGUUUAUUUAUUUAUUUAAUGAAUAAAUUUUUAAAUUUAUUUUUAUUAAUUAUUUAACUUAUUUUUCAUUAGCUAAUUAAUAAUUAAUAAUUAUGAACUAGUAAUUUUAUCUACUCAAAGAUAAACCUUUGUUUGAAUAAACAUUUUAAAUUACUGUUCUAUUGUAUAAGAUUCAGUGUAGCAAGGGAUGUAUUGAUUUACUAUAAGCUUUUUAUUUUUAUAUCUAAACAACUUUUAUACACAAAAUCUUAUUCUAAUCAGCAACUUAAGGGAUAAUCCCUAGUAUUAAAUUUUGCAUUAGGGAAGCCAUUAUUUAAUUUCUCUUGUAGUUUUAUUAUUAGGAGGAAAACUUUUGUAAAAAUGGGAAUAGGUUUCUAUUAUUUUUUGAUUUAAUUUAUUGUUGAAAUUCAGUUAAAAAUAAUUGUACGAACAUACAAUUUUCAUUAUAUACUUAUUAUACUAGUACUUUAUAAACAUGGUGGAAUUUAAAAAAUAUUCUGGUCUUUUUUUCAGUUAUUUUGUCUAUUUUUUUUUUAUAUUUCAUAAGUUAUUAUUUGCACAUACUGGUAUAACCAAACAAGUUUUCAGUAUAUUAUAAAAAUAAUACUAAUUUAGACUUUAGAAAGAAAAAUCAACCUAAUUAUGUAAUAACCUUAUAAUUGAUGACAUAAUCAAGAAAAACUUUAGUGAAAAUUCUAUACAAAUUGAAUUUUGUUAAUAAAUAUUCUAUCUUUAAAAUAGGGAAAGUCAAGAAGAUAUAUGGAUGUUAGAUAUGAUAAAACCAGAAUUUGUAGAAAAUCCAACUCUGCUGCAAGAAAGAUGUAAGUAAUUGUUAUUCGUAUUUUCUUGAUGUUAUUAAUAUGUAGUUAAACAAAUUUUCUUUUUUAAUUCUACUAUAAUAUCAUUUUUGAUGAUUUAUUUUAAGUUCCUUUAAAAAAAAUAAUUGAAAAAAAUAAACGUGAACAAGAAGAAUUAGAAAAUGCUAUUAAAGUUGAAACGUAAGUAAAAUAUUAAUUACAUUUAUUAUUAAUGUUAAUAAUUGUUUAUUACAUAAUUUAUACUAGUUCAUUUAAUAAAAAUACAAGAAUUUCUGUUAAUAAAUCUCAACUACGUGCAAAGAAUGAUAAAGAUGAAAGUGAUUCUGAUAUAGAAUUUGUUGAUAUUAAACCCAGUACUGGCUCUAGACCAAAGGUUCAUGUACCAAGUAAUAUCUUCUGUUUAUAUGUUAAUUAAGUAAAAUAUUUUAUGAGCAAUAAUAUUGUUUAUUUUUAGGAAGAGUUUCAAAAGAUAGGAAACGUAGAUCACCACUUAGAAAACAUCAUCGUUCAAGAAGCCCUCCUUAUCGUCAUAAAUCACGUACCCGUUCAAAAACUCCUAUAACUAGACCGCGAUCACGUUCACAUACUCCUGUACGUAAUCGUUCGAGAUCUCGUUCUCCUUACUACAAUCGUAGUAAAUAUUCUAGUCAUAGGUAAUUUAGUAUUAAAUAGUAAUAAAAAUAAAUAUAUUUUUUGAAUAACUUAUUUUUAUACUAGAAGACGGUAUAGAAGCAGAGAAAGAGAUGAAUCAUACAGAAGACCAAUUUCUCCCUCAUCUAAUGUUCAUCCUUUACACUCUAUGUCAGGUUAUGUCCCUGGACAUCCACAUCCUAGAAUGUUUUAUGCUGCACCUUAUAUGUUUCCAAGACCAUAUAUGAGAUUUCCUCCACAUAGUAGACCUAGAUUUUACUCUCCAGAUUUGUAUUCCGCUGAAUUUCAAUUACCAAAAGAAAGGUGUUUAUUUUUUUUAUUGAUUUAAAAUAUGUACUCAUAAAUUAUUUUUACAGUCUUUUUUGUUCUUUUUUUAGAACUACAAAUAAGAGAAAAAAAUUACUACUAGAAUAUGAAAAAGCUGUUGAAGAUAUGAAAAUAGAAAUGGAAAAAAAGUUAAACUAUCAUGAAACGAAUCCUGAAAAUCAUCCAAUGUAUCCAGAUGAAUGGAAAAAAUUUUGGAAUCGACGUUUUAAAGAAUUACAAAUAGAAGGAAAAGAUCCAAAUACAUAUGAUUUUAAACCUGAAUGGAUUCUUUCUUGGAAUAAACGAAUGCAGGAAAUUCAUAAUGAAGAAAUUAAUGAAAAGAUAGAAAAGCUGAAAAUUAAAAUAUUAGGUAAUAUUGAUAUGGAUAUUGUUGAAAUUGAUGAUUAUGUCUCAGAUACGCCUUCUACAGAUUCUUCUCCUGUAAAUGAAAAAAAACAUACAACCGAUUUAAAAAAUUCUUGGCAUAAGAGUCUAGUAUCAGAAGUAACAGAGAAAGAUUUUGAAGCAGUCCACAAACUAUCAAGUGAUAAAAAAGCUAAAGUUGCUGGGGCAUCUCCUAUUAAUUCUGACUCUGAUGAUUCAAUUAAUGAACUUACUGACCAAAAUAAACCUAGAGAAAAAAUAAAAAUUGAAAAUCCGUUGAAUGUUAUUACUGUGUUGCGACAAUUAAGUGUAUUAGAAAAUCAAUUAGGUUUGUUGGCACCUAAAGUAGUUGAUUUGUUAUCUAAAGGUCUUGUAAUGGAAAAAAUUGAAUCCAAAUCAUCUAUUAAAUUACUUAGUCCAGAUAAUUGUGUGAUGUUUGAAACAGUAAAAGAAAAACUCAAAGGACAGUUGUUAGCUGGUGUUGUGAAAAAGAGUUUAGUAAAUGCUACUAUGUUUUCCAUUCGCAAUAUAGAAAAACUAAUGCGAAUUGCGCCUAAAUUUGUACCUACUACAAGCAUGUUAAAUUCUUCAACAACAUCUAUAACUACACUUCCAUCAUCUACACUUACACCUGGUCCUAUUAUAGUACCUGGUGUUGGUAUUAUUGAUAAAAUGGCUAUUGCUCAACAAAUAACUGAAGCAUUACUAGCUCAAGGAAAAGUUGACGUAACACAAGAAGAAUUGGAAACUCUUAUAACUGCUGUUGUGGGUAUGGCCCAGUCUGGAGAUAAUCUACAAGGAGCUAAAAACUUAUUAACAAACAUAAAUAAUAGAGAAGUAUUAAAAACUGCUUGUGAUGAAGUAAAGAAGAAGGAAGAAAUUGAAAAGAAAAAUUUAGAACAAUUAUCUCAAGGUGACAUAAUUAACUUAUUAAAAAACUUCAGAGAUUUAACUACUGAUGAGCAAGAUGGACUGAUAACGUAUUUAAAAGAUUUAGGGGAAAAAAAUCCAGAUGAGGUGAAAAAAUUCAGGAAGUAUAUUGACAUGGGACCAUCUAACUUAAAAGAAGUUACAUCUAUGUUUAGAGAAGAAGAUGAUGAUGAUAAUUAUGAACUUUCAGAAGUUUGUAAGGCUGUCAAGGAAAAAGUAGUUGAACAGAAAGAUAAAGAUUUUAACCAAAUGACUGUAAAUUUUGAAAUUACUGAAGAGCAAAAGAAACUAUUAAAUAGUAUACAAGAUUUAUUUGAAAUAAAAUCUGACUAUAGUUUACAACCUACAAAUUCUCAAAUUCAAACCACUCCUGAUCAAUCUAACCAAUCUACCAGUCUUUACAGUCCUACAACUGAGCCUUAUUCUCCUUCAUGUUCUAUAGAUCCGUAUUCAGCUCAAAAUUCUGACCCCAAGAUUUAUUCUCCAUCAACUACAUCUACUUCAUUUUUAACUCCACAAGAACAAACUAACAAUAAAUAUAUAAUACACCACGAGACAUCUAAUAAAUACAAUAUACCCCAAGACCAGCCUCAUAAAUACAAUGUAUCUCAAGAACAAUCUAAUAAAUACAAUGUAUCUCCAGAACAAUCUAAUAAAUACAAUGUAUCUCAAGACCAGAUUAAAACAUAUACUCCUGAAGAACAGAGUGAUAAAUACAAUGUGACUCAAGAACAACCUGAUCCAUAUUCAGCUAACCAAGUAGAUCCUUACAAUGAUCCUUACUCACAAAAUCGUAAUAACAGUUAUUAUCAAGAGCAACAACAAGAUUCUUACUAUAAAUACCAAUUAAAUACUCCAGUUUCUAAAUACCCUUCAAGUGGAGCCCAUUAUAAAGGAAAUUCUUAUAAAAAUAAUACUUAUAAAAGUAAUAACACUUAUCCAGAUACUUUCCAAGGAACAUCUAAAGAAAGUGAUAGGAAUGAUAGAUACAGUCGUUCUCAUAAUAAUAAUAAUAAUAAUCGUUUCCAAAGUAGACGUUAA